AGUGGCCGGAGCAUCUCCCGCCUCCACGCCGAGGCGAGAAGGUUCUAUCCGGGGCCUUGGCGCUUCUCUUUCCUUUCGCGCCGGUUGCCGCUGCGGAGCGCGGCCGGUCCAUGUGCGCAGUGAGUGGCGCUAUUUCUGCCUCAGUAGCACCGGUGUCCAGAGUCUGACCGACCGCGCGGCGAUGGAUCCCAACACCAUCAUCGAGGCCCUUCGGGGCACCAUGGACCCAGCCCUGCGCGAGGCCGCUGAGCGCCAGCUCAAUGAAGCACACAAGUCUCUGAAUUUCGUUUCAACACUGCUCCAGAUUACUAUGUCAGAACAACUGGAUUUACCUGUGAGACAGGCAGGUGUUAUUUAUUUGAAAAAUAUGAUAACACAAUAUUGGCCUGAUCGGGAAGCCACACCAGGGGACAUCUCCCCAUAUACUAUUCCAGAAGAAGACCGACAUUGCAUUAGAGAAAAUAUUGUAGAAGCCAUUAUCCACUCUCCUGAGCUUAUCAGGGUACAGCUUACUACGUGCAUCCAUCAUAUCAUCAAACAUGACUAUCCAAGCCGCUGGACUGCCAUUGUGGACAAGAUUGGUUUUUAUCUGCAGUCUGAUAACAGUGCUUGUUGGCUGGGAAUUCUUCUUUGCCUUUAUCAGCUUGUGAAAAAUUAUGAGUACAAGAAACCAGAAGAGCGAAGUCCAUUAGUGGCAGCCAUGCAGCACUUCUUGCCUGUUCUGAAGGAUCGCUUUAUCCAGCUGCUUUCUGAUCAAUCUGACCAGUCUGUCCUCAUCCAAAAGCAGAUAUUCAAGAUCUUCUAUGCUCUUGUUCAGUAUACACUACCCCUGGAGCUGAUAAACCAACAGAACCUGACUGAAUGGGUAGAAAUUUUGAAGACUGUAGUGAAUAGGGAUGUACCUAAUGAAACACUUCAAGUUGAAGAAGAUGAUAGACCUGAGUUACCCUGGUGGAAAUGUAAGAAGUGGGCCUUACAUAUUUUAGCACGACUUUUUGAAAGAUAUGGAAGCCCUGGGAACGUUUCUAAGGAGUAUAAUGAGUUUGCUGAAGUCUUUCUGAAGGCCUUUGCUGUUGGUGUCCAGCAGGUUUUAUUGAAAGUGUUAUAUCAGUACAAGGAGAAACAAUAUAUGGCACCUCGAGUUUUACAACAGACAUUAAAUUAUAUUAAUCAAGGAGUUUCCCAUGCGCUAACAUGGAAGAACCUGAAGCCUCAUAUACAAGGCAUUAUCCAAGAUGUUAUUUUUCCAUUGAUGUGCUAUACAGAUGCUGAUGAGGAACUCUGGCAAGAAGAUCCUUAUGAAUAUAUACGCAUGAAGUUCGAUGUGUUUGAAGAUUUCAUUUCUCCUACUACUGCUGCUCAAACACUUUUGUUUACAGCCUGUAGUAAAAGGAAAGAGGUACUGCAAAAGACUAUGGGUUUUUGUUACCAAAUUCUCACUGAACCUAAUGCUGAUCCUCGUAAGAAAGAUGGCGCCUUGCAUAUGAUUGGCUCCUUAGCUGAAAUACUUCUAAAGAAAAAGAUCUACAAAGAUCAAAUGGAAUACAUGUUGCAAAAUCAUGUAUUCCCUCUCUUCAGCAGUGAGCUAGGCUAUAUGAGAGCAAGGGCUUGCUGGGUUCUUCACUAUUUUUGUGAAGUGAAAUUCAAAAGUGAUCAAAAUCUCCAAACAGCUUUAGAGCUGACAAGAAGAUGUCUGAUUGAUGAUCGAGAAAUGCCUGUGAAAGUGGAAGCUGCCAUUGCACUACAGGUGUUGAUCAGCAAUCAAGAAAAAGCUAAAGAAUACAUCACUCCAUUUAUCCGACCUGUAAUGCAGGCUCUUCUUCAUAUUAUAAGAGAAACAGAAAACGAUGAUCUUACAAAUGUAAUUCAGAAAAUGAUCUGUGAAUAUAGUGAAGAAGUUACUCCUAUUGCUGUAGAAAUGACACAACAUCUGGCAAUGACAUUUAACCAAGUAAUCCAGACUGGGCCAGAUGAGGAAGGAAGUGAUGACAAGGCAGUUACUGCUAUGGGAAUUCUAAAUACAAUUGACACACUGCUGAGUGUGGUUGAAGAUCACAAAGAGAUAACCCAGCAGCUUGAGGGAAUCUGCUUACAAGUCAUUGGCACCGUUUUACAACAGCAUGUCUUAGAAUUCUAUGAGGAGAUCUUUUCUUUGGCACAUAGUCUGACAUGUCAGCAAGUGUCUCCACAGAUUACAGACACCCUUCUAUCUGAUACCAAGUAUCUUGAGAUGAUAUACAGUAUGUGUAAAAAGGUUCUUACUGGAGUUGCAGGAGAAGAUGCAGAAUGCCAUGCAGCAAAAUUGUUAGAGGUCAUCAUACUACAGUGCAAAGGCCGGGGCAUUGAUCAGUGUAUUCCAUUAUUCGUGGAAGCAGCUUUGGAGAGACUGACCAGAGAGGUUAAAACAAGUGAACUCCGAACAAUGUGCCUGCAGGUUGCAAUUGCAGCAUUGUAUUAUAAUCCACACCUACUGCUUAAUACCUUAGAAAAUCUUCGCUUCCCAAAUAAUGUUGAACCUGUUACAAACCAUUUUAUCACACAAUGGCUUAAUGAUGUUGACUGUUUUCUGGGGCUUCAUGACAGGAAGAUGUGUGUUCUUGGCCUGUGUGCCCUUAUUGAUAUGGAACAAAUACCACAGGUUUUAAAUCAGGUUUCAGGACAGAUUUUGCCAGCAUUUAUCCUAUUAUUUAAUGGAUUAAAAAGAGCAUAUGCCUGCCAUGCAGAACAUGAGAAUGACAGUGACGAUGAUGACGAUGCCGAGGAUGAUGAUGAAACUGAAGAACUGGGGAGUGAUGAAGAUGAUAUUGAUGAAGAUGGACAGGAAUAUUUGGAGAUCCUGGCAAAACAGGCUGGUGAAGAUGGAGAUGAUGAAGAUUGGGAAGAAGAUGAUGCUGAGGAAACUGCUCUGGAAGGCUAUUCCACAAUCAUUGAUGAUGAAGACAACCCUGUUGAUGAGUAUCAAAUCUUUAAAGCUAUAUUUCAAACUAUUCAAAAUCGUAAUCCUGUAUGGUAUCAGGCUUUGACUCAUGGUCUUAAUGAAGAGCAA